AUGGGCUACGCAAUGGCCUCCAACAUCCGUAAAAAGAUGCCAGCGUCUUCCACCCUCUACAUCAACGACAUCAAUGCCGCAGCCUGCACACGCUUCCAAAACGAGUACAGCACUCUCGGCCCCAUUGAAAUCUUGUCCACUGCACGCGAGGCAGCCGACAACGCCAAAGUGCUGAUUUCCAUCGUCCCAGCCGGCGUCGACGUGAAGAAAGUAUACCUGGACCACGAAACGGGCGUCAUUGCCGCGCGCAAGGAUAAAGAUAGAUUAAUACUGGAAUGCAGUACGAUUGAUGUCGAGACGACAAAGGAAGUAGGCAAGACAUUGGGAGAUGGAGGUUGGGGAAUCUACAUCGACACUCCCGUAUCCGGCGGAGUCCCAGCAGCCCAAUCCGGCACUCUAGCCAUGCUCAUCGGCUACCCAUCACCCCCCUCCGAACCCUCCCCCUCAACCCCAUACCCCCAUCUCCUUACCCCAACCCUCCACAUGCUCGGCCCCCCCUCAAAAUUCCACUACCUAUCCACCCUCGGUGCCGGCCUGACCGCAAAAAUCGCAAACAACUACCUCUCCGGCACAAUCCUGCUCGCGACCGCCGAAGCCCUGGCACUCGGUACGCGUCACGGGCUCGAUCCGCGCGCUCUGUAUGCCGUGAUUCAGUCGUCGACGGGCCAGUCGUGGAUGUGCGACCACGUGUGUCCGAUUCCGAAUGUGCAGACGCAGUAUUGGGUGCCGAGUAACAGUGGGUAUAGGCCGGGGUUCCGGACGGAGAUGAUGGUCAAGGAUUUGGAUUUGGGGGUUAGGAGUGCGGCGGAGGUUGGGGUCGAGCCGACGAUGGCGAGGGCGGCGUUGGCGGUUUGGGAACGUGCGGCGGUGGAUGAGAGGUGUAGGGGGAGGGAUGGGAGUAGUGUUUAUUUACAUGUUGGGGGGGUGUUGCCAGAGGGGUAUGAGGAUUUGGGGAGGAAGGAAGGGGGGGAGUGGGUGUUUGGGGAGUGA